AUGCUUGCCCUCAGAGAAAUUAUGCAUUUCCUUCUUGUAUCUCUAGUGUUAGCAACUUCCCCCGUGCAACCCUCAAACACAUCAACGAACCUACUUCCUGAGCUGAGGAAACGAGGCGAUAUAAACAGGAUUGUAGUCGUUGGAGGAGUCACUGGCAAGAAUAGCAUUUACCAUUGCAACGCCGAUCAAGUUGACACGAUCCAGCGUGCUGUACAAUCCAUGAGGCGUUUUGCAGGUUUGGGAUACAACUUCCUACUUCAGGACAAUUCUCAUACAACUGCAGCAUACAUUGCGUGGUUUGGCGAAAAGCAUGCGACUGAGAAAUGGGCAAUAGCGAUCAGAAGAAAUAUUUACAAGAGUAUAUGGGACAUCAGUGACAAGAUCGACAACUAUGUGAGCGGUCUGGACUCCAUAGAUGGUGCUGUAGUUAUAGGAUGCACGACCCCGGAAGACGACCCCGAAUGCACCCUUACAGAAAGCGAAAUCACACGAGCCCUUGCGUACAUGGAAGGAGGAUACAUUAAGCUUUGCACUGGCUUCUUCUCUCUCUCUUCAGACUAUUCUCGCGCGUACAACCUAUGGGGCUCGCAACGCAGGGAACACGAGACUACCGGGCGUGCAUUACUGCACGAAAUGACCCAUCUAGAUGGAGUAGUUGGAAAACGCUGGAGGACCUAUGAUAAGGCUUAUGGACCCGACGAUUCCUUACUACUUGAUGAGGAUGAUAUGAUAGAGAAUGCCGACACUUACAAGCUCUUUACUUUAGAGAUUGAGGCUAACCCUAUUAAUUCAAAAAGACAGGUAAAGAAUCAGAAAGAUAAAAAGAAGAUAGCAAGGCAGAUUUUGCAAGGGGAUUAA